UGUGAGGGCAGAAGGAAGGAGAACAACGUCCUGAAGAAAGGAGACUCGCGUGAAUGAGCGCUCGUGCUGCACCGGGAGGAGAAGCAGCGAGUCAAAACAAAAGACAGAGAGGACAGCUUCUUCACCUCUGCGCCUGCAAAAUAUCUCCACCUCCUCUUACUGUGUGCUCUCAGACGGUACCAUGGCUGAGGGAAGCUGCUUCGGUGCAUUGUAGCUGUUUGGGAUGACCAGAGCCGGACCUUGCUUCAAAGAAGGAAGAAUCGUGAGAGGAGGAAAAACAUCUGCUCAGUGAGGAUAAAAUCUGAACAGGGAAUGUUCUGGAUCUUUUUCUUUGUAAGGAAAGGAAUUUAAACAAGUAUCAGUGCUCUGUCACUUUAAAGGGCUUCAAGAAUUUCUUUUUUUUUUAUCAUUGGUUGUAACCACCUUAAAAAGAGUUAACGCCAUGUGCCAUGUUAUUGUAACAUGCCGCUCCAUGCUCUGGACGCUGCUCAGUAUUAUAGUGGCCUUUGCUGAGCUCAUUGCCUUCAUGAGCUCGGAUUGGCUGUUGGGUUUCCCUCGGUCCAGCGCGAGUGGGGCGGGAGUGGACUCGGGGGAGUACAGACCAUCUCUCGGCCUGUACAGCCGCUGCCUGCGCGUCGGGGCACGGGGAGUCGGGGUCAGCUGUGGGUCCUAUGCGAGGACAUUUGGAGAAGUAGCCAGUGGCUUCUGGCAGGCCGCCAUGUUGUUUCUGGCAGCAGGGAUGUUGGUGCUCGGAGUAGUGGCCUGCAUCUCCAUCUUCAGCCUGUGCUUCCAGAGCAUCCUGAGGAAGAGCAUUUUCAACAUCUGCGGACUGCUUCAGGCCAUCGCAGGCCUGCUGCUGAUGGUGGGCCUCAUGCUGUACCCUGCCGGUUGGGGUUCAGAGAAGGUGAUCGGUUACUGCGGCCCAGAGGCCUCGCCCUUUAGGCCGGCUCUGUGCUCGCUCGGCUGGGCGUUCUAUGCAGCGAUAGGAGGGACGCUGGGGUCCUUCCUGUGUGCUGUUUUGUCUGCGCAGGCUGAGAUUGCCACCUCCAGCGAUAAGGUUCAGGAGGAGAUCGAGGAGGGGAAGAGUCUGAUCUGCCUGCUGUGAGCCUUCUGAAAACCUGAGAAACUCUGGGAAGUCCUCAUUUUUGUAAUUUCUCUUAAAUGGACACUUGUAGCUCAGUGGAGGGAAGAUAAACGUUAGUCUGAGUGAUAUUGUUAAGAAGAAAGACUCCUUUGUAGCUGUGUUUUUAAAUAGUUGGGCAUAGGGUUCAUGCCUACCUACAUCUUCAGGUUAAUCUGCCAAAAAGGCUCUGGUACAGCAGCAGGCAAAGGAACAUUACCUGUAGAUGUAUUCAAUGAUACGACCAAGAUACUGUUUAUUUUUGUAAAAAUUCUCUUCUUAAGCUUUUUAAACCCG